GGAGGAACUCCUAGUGUAUCACUGAGCGUCUUUAAGUGGGAGCCUGCCCCUUUAAAUCUGGUGGCUGAGUCGGAGGCCAGAAAUAGGAAGGCUUCCGGGCAUGCGCAGUGCCCUAACGAAAAACCGCGGUCUCCCUGCCUUGAGGCAUUGUUAAGAAUGGAAGAAGAUACAGAUCAUGGAAUGAGGUUUAGUUCCUUAUGUUUCAUUAAUGAUCAUGUUGGAUUUCAGGGCACUAUAAAAGCCUCACCAAGUGACUUCAUUGUUAUUGAGAUUGAUGAACAGGGACAGUUAGUUAAUAAGACCAUUGAUACAUCUGUUAACGAGAUUAGCAAAAUACAACGUGAGUCAAAUAAUUGUGUCAAAAAAUCAAGACUAAAUAUUCAAAACGUAUCCUCUGAACACAGAAGUAAUCAAAAAGUUGACACCUCGGAUGGUGACCAAGAUCAUUUGUCUGGUUCAGAAAAAGAAGAUACUGUCAAUGAUGUGACUUCUAAAUGUGAAGAAGAAAAACUUGAUUUAUUAAGUUCCCUUUUAGAUGAAAAAACUAAUAAAUCACUGGAUCAGUUUGCCUGUGAUAUCAAAGAGAUAUGGGAUUCAAAAACGGAGUUAAUUGAACCAUUUCGGGAAUUCUCAUUAGGUAGGAUCCUUAAUAAAAACCAAAGGGCUGUUUUACAUAGUGCUGUGAAGCAGAAAUUUCCUUUUUUAAUAACUGUAGGAAAAAACAGUGAAAUUGUUGUAAAACCAAAUCUUGAGUAUAAAGAACUCUGUCAUUUGGUAUCUGAAGAAGAAGCACUUGACUUUUUCAAAUAUUUGGAUGCAAAGAAAGAAAAUUCCAAGUUCACCUUUAAACCUGACGCAAACAAAGAUCACAGGAAAGCUGUCCACCAUUUUCUCAACAAGAAGUUUGGGAACCUUGUAGAAACAAAGUCUUUUCCUGAACAGAAUCACAAUGCUGGUAACCUAAACUUAGCGGUAACAGUAAGGUUUCGGGGAAAAGCACACAGGAAUGGGAAAAGGUCUCUUCUUGGAGACCAGGAAGGAGAAGUAACGUACACAGCUUUUACCUUACAAAAGGAAAAUCUGGAGAUGUUUGAAGCAGUUGGAUUUUUAGCUAUCAAACUUGGUGUAAUUCCUUCAGAUUUUAGUUACGCAGGCCUUAAAGAUAAGAAAGCCGUCACCUACCAAGCGAUGGUUGUUAGAAAAGUGACUCCUGAGAGGUUGAAAAGUAUUCAAAAAGAAAUUGAAAAGAAGAGAAUGCAUGUGUUUAAUAUUCGGUCUGUGGGUGAUUCUCUUCGACUUGGUCAGCUCAAAGGAAAUCACUUUGAAAUUGUCAUCAGAAAUUUACAAAAUAAAAUUAAUGAUCCUGUAAGCCUGAGAGAGAGAGUUUUGGAGGCAAUAGAAAAUGUUAAGAAUAAAGGUUUUGUGAAUUACUAUGGACCACAGAGAUUUGGAAAGGGAAGGAAAAUUCAGACGGACCAAAUUGGACUGGCUUUGCUGAAGAGUGAAAUGAAGUGGUGUGCUUUACCCGUGCUACACUCUCCUGCUCACACACCAACCCCGGUACACGGAGGAAAGGACUGUGGCAGACAUGGGUACCACGGGAGAGGAUCAUUAGGAGCCACCUUUGAGGUAAAGGCCAUAAAAUUAUUUCUUACACCAGAAGAUGUGGAUGAUCCUGUAAAUAAAGCAAAGAAAUAUUUUCUUGACACUGAGGAUGCUAAAGGCACGCUUUCCCAGAUGCCCGAGUUCAGAGUCCGGGAGCGAGCCCUGCUGGAGUCCUUGCACCGCUUUGGCGUGGCAGAGGAGGGCUGCACCCGGGCGUGGCUCUCCUUGCCUCAUUCCAUGCGCAUUUUCUACAUCCAUGCCUAUAGCAGCAGGGUUUGGAACAAGGCUGCAUCCUACAGGCUCAGAACCUAUGGAACCAAAGUAGUGGAGGGGGAUCUGGUCUGUUUGGAUAAGGAUGUUGAUGAGCAAUUUCCAAGUAGUAAAGUUCAUCUGGUGACCGAAGAAGAGGAAUUGGCUGACACAUACUCAAUGCACCAGGUGGUUCUACCUGUACUUGGAUACAACAUUCAGUACCCGAAGAACAAAGUAGGGCAGUGGUACCAAGAAACACUUAAUAGAGAUGGACUGAGGACAUGUCGGUUUAAGCUUCCUGCUCUGAAACUGAAUGUCCCAGGAUGCUACAGACACAUCUUGAAACAUCCCCACCACCUCUCCUACCGGCUCUUAGCCCCUGAUGCUGAUGCUAAGGUCGAAGCCCCCCACACUGAUGAGACAGCGUCAUCUCUUUUCAUCUCUUUUGACCUUGAUGCUUCCUGUUAUGCUACAGUUUGUCUGAGAGAAAUGAUGAAGCACAACAUCUAAACUAGCACCCUCAAUGAAGUCGGCAUAAGGACCACUCCAGGAAGAGGCAGCAGCAUCUCCAGAACAUCUACCACAAGCUUUGUAAUUGUCUUUAAAUUCCACAGUAGCCUGAGAAAUUGGAGUUUGGUGUUUUCGUGUUCCAAGGGAUAUGUAGCAGUAAAUGUCAAUGUCAUCAUUUAAAUCUCUGUGACUUUAAAAGCCAUAUUUCGGUGACUUUUAUUCUAGUCACAAAUGUUAUAAUCUUUUUAGACUUCGAGGAACAUUUGCUACUGCAAGAUAACAUUUAAGAGAAACAUUGUGAAAUAACGUUUUCUACAGCUCCGCCUGAGGUAAAAUGAAAUGACAGUGACUCCCGGUGGUGAAGAUGAGCGGAACGGUUCAAUGCCGCUGCUGUCCCUUUCUGGUUUUGAAAUUGCUGAUGGCAGAAAUACACAAGGGAAAUGUCAUCCGUCUUCAUGAUGACUUUUUUUUGAGAUAAGCUUUGAAGAAGAUUAAAAUAAAUUUUUUCAUAUAAAUUU